AUGUCGUAUUAUCAGGGCAACGGCCAGAACUACUACAACCCCAGCAUACCGCACUCCACGCAGGGCUCACAGCAGCCCUACCAAGGCCCGUAUGAACAGCACAAUGGCGAGCAGGAAAAUGGAGGAGCUGGAGGCUAUGAGUACACCAUUCCCGUUCGGCGCAACAGCUCUGCAAAUCGGAACGACGAGCUGUUCAUCGGCACCAACGCUGCGUCCCCUGCUAUGAGCCAAGGACCGACAUCCCCCACCGCUGGCAGCUAUGGAAGCAACUACGGAUACCAGUCGCCGCAGCAACAGUACAACCCUCAAAACUACAACGCUCCUGCUGUUGCGUUGCCGAAUCCGCAGCACUACGGUGGUGUGAACAGGGCGUUCGCUGCCCCAGCCUCGUCUCACCAGCCAUAUAUCCCAGCUGCAUACGCUGAUAGCGGACUGAACAGGAACAGCUCGGUCAGCCAUCCGUAUGGCUUCUCUCCCACCUCGCCGACCGCCACAUAUCCAUCGCCCACAGCUUAUCAAAACUCUCAAUUUGGUCGGACAGCCUCCCUUCAGGGCAGGUCAGCUUACUCGCCUCCAGCCCCACCGCCACUUCCUGUGCCCCCUGGUAGUGCGCAGUCGCCCACAGAUGACUGGGGCAGCUAUCCAGCUCGAACGACAUCCAGUGCUCACUCUCAAUCUUACUACCAAUCCUCUCACGCCCCACUUCCGUCGCUGCCAACACACGACACUGGCUACAAUGCGCAAGACCGUGUUGCCAGGUACAACUCAACCUCAAGCCUUCACUCCAACCCCCUACCGCCGACACCAGAGGUGCCUCCUCACGCUUCUCCUCAGCGAACAAACACUGUGUCUUCUCGACCCCUGCCCGACCCCCCUACCGAAUCUGACAGCGAUGAGUACUUCUCUCCGCACAACGGUCCUUCGUACAACCAGGACCAACUGUUUGAUGACGUUAUGAAUAUGACCACGGGUAGCAGUCCAAGGAUACAAGUACAGCAACCGAAUGGUGCCGAGCAUUACGAUGAGAUGGGCAGACGAAUUCCAGGAAGGAACGGUGACCGUACGAACGGUGACCGCCUUGCACCAUACCCUGUUCGUGAUGUAUACACAAGCGACGAGAGCGACGUAGAAGCGGCUGCCGGUUUAGCUGCACUGAGAAUGGCGGAAGAGCAGGAACAAGCUGAUGAAGCUCGCAGGCGUAGUGGGGGAGCUGGGCUCUUCAGCAGCUAUGCCACAAUGCCAUCUCCGCCGCUUCCCAAUGAACCUAGUCGGCCUGCAGAGCAAAGCGCCAGCGACAGCGAUUACGCGCCAAUUGACCUGGGCCUAUACGGCGGCAACUUUGCGCCUUCGUUUGCAUACGGAGGAGAACCAAGCCAACUAGUGGCUGGAAGCAGCCAAGGAGUUUCCUCUUCUGGCUCGCAACGAAGGUCUGAGCCCGCCAGCGAUGACUACGAUCCUAUCCAUCCUUUCCCGUCUUUCUCGACUAAUGCGCGAGUUGAUACCUUUGGUACGGGAGGGCUGGAGGAGCCAAGCGCACGGCGGCGGAGCUAUGAUGAAGGAGAUGAGGUGACUCUGAUGGACUCUGCCUCUGGCAUGUCUGGCAUGUCCGGUGCAACGCUGCUGCCCUCCUCUGCAAUGCCUGGCGAGCCUCCGGACAUGUUCUACCAUCCUGGUAUGACUAAUAGGCCUCUGCCUCCUCCUCCAACAACCUCCAACAGCAGCCGCCAACGGAUGAAUCAUGCAAGCACUAGCUCACAAGGAUCCGGUUCUUACGAAUACUGGCGUAACGCACCUUCAUCUCGUGGCUCAUACCCCGUAGACCCCACCUCCAUGCAGAUGGUGUCUCUGACUGGUGCCCAUGUUCCACGUUCCACAUCUCUGCUUCAGCACAGCAACCCACCAAGAGAGGUUCCAUUACCGAGGUCGAAGACUGAUGCCGAACAAGGACACAGGUUGCGACAGCCAAACAACCGGAACACCUUCUACGGUGGGGCUGCUGACAGCGAUGGUAACACCAUGACUCCUGCUAGUACUGACGCUGUUGCAAUUGAUCUGCCUACACUACCAACAGGAAGACGCUUUAACCCUGCUAAGUUAUCCACGAACGAUUUCAAGAAGUGCACCGAACCCUGGGCACUCAGCGCAGUCAUCUCAUGGCUGAAAUUCAUGACUGAAGGAGAGAACGACCUAAAAGAAGGACCGAUCCAGGAAGGCCUCAUUGCUCUCUUCACUCACAAAGUCCCUACGAUGAAUAUCGCCGACGCAGAGACAUUGAGCAGCCGAGUUGUACAGGACAUGUACAAGGCAGGAACAUUGGUUCACGACGAGGAAUGGCUCAAGUUUUCGUCGAGCAGUAUGACUGGCGUUAUUUUCCAACUUACAGGUGCUGGUUGUUAUGCGCCGAUGCUGCACACAUACGCAAGCCCUGGCCGCUGCUACUCGCAUCAUUGCCAGAGGACCUUGAAAAAGAUCGAUUUGCAUUCACCAGCCGCUGCUGCUCGGUCUGAAGACUGGGCAACUUUCCACAAGAUGAAGAAAGAAGAUGUCGAAAAAGUCAACAAGAAGGAAAUCGAACGCCAAAAUAUCCUGCACGAGAUUGUCCAGGGAGAAGACAAUUACAUGGAGCGACUUGACGUACUGCGACGACUAUACCGCGACAGACUUCUGUCUGCACAACCUCCUGUCAUCCCGCCAAAGAAGCUCACCCGGUUCAUUAACGACGUCUUCAGCAAAGCAGACGCUGUAAAGAAGGCAAACGAGGACCAUCUUCUUCCGCAGAUCAAGUACAGGCAGCAAGAACAGGGUCCUUGGAUCAGCGGUUUCAGUGACAUCUUCAGAGAGUGGAUCAGAAAGGCAAGACAAGCGUACAUCGAGUAUGCUGCCGCCUUCCCUUAUGCAAACUUCUUGGUACGUCAAGAGGCCGACAGGAACAUGUUGUUCCGUGCUUUCUUAGACGAGGCUCGGUCAAAUCGGCUGUCUAACAAGCUCUCAUGGGACACCUUCCUCAAGGCUCCCAUCGACAGACUGCAGCGUUAUGGUCUACUCAUCGAUACGGUUAUUAAGAAUUCGACCGUGGAUAACGAGGAGAAACGUAACCUCGUCAUAGCCAAGGAGGAGAUCAAAGCUGUAACGCUGGAGUGUGAUGCUCGUGUAGCUGAGAUGGGCCGCAAGGUCAGCCUCACUGAUCUGCAAUCUAAGCUCAUCUUGCGACCUGGUAUGCAGCGUGUUGAGCUCAAUCUGGAUCACCUGGGACGAGAACUCAUCUUCCGAGGAGACCUGCAGAGGAUGGGGGGUAGUCGAUUCAACUGGCUCGAAACACACGCCCUGCUUUUCGACCACUAUCUUGUGCUUGCCAAAACAGUCGCAUACCGCGAACAGGAUGGUGUAACAAAGUCAGAGAAGUACGACGUUUCCAGGCUUCCCAUUCCUAUGGAUUUGCUUGUUCUGGAAAGUGAAGAUGACGAUCCUGUGGUACGCUCCAAUCUGAAGGGCAUUGCUCCUGUCAACCUGAACGGCAGGCUUCCUGUAGGAGCUGGACGGACUACGAGCAGUCCGAGCCCAGGCGUACUGCAACAUACCACAACCUCCAACUCUAUGGGCUCGACAAGCACUGGCACAUCUGGGAAAACUAUGGUCACGAGUACGAACUUGGAGAAUCCCAAAGAUGAGAAGAUUCUAUAUCCCUUCAAGAUCAAGCAUCUGGGUAAAGAGACUUAUACCCUCUACGCCUCGUCCGCUCAGAACAGAGCUGAGUGGUGCGACAAGCUCAUCAUCGCAAAGACUCGACAUGCGGCAGCUUUGUUCGCUCAGAAUGCAGAGCCUUUCCGACUGCGUGUGAUGGCUGACGCUGCAUUCGCGUACGACAGUGUCAUGCCCACGCAGAAGGGCAUCACUAUUAAGGGAACACCACUCGACCGCUCAAUCGAGGAGGUAGAGAAGCUCUUCUCCAACUCAGGCCGGCCUGUCCCAAUUUGCAGAGCCCGCGUCAACUGCGCAACAGCCUUCAAUCAGCCUUACGGUAAACAUAUCGUUGCUGUGGGUACCGACAUUGGCGUGUAUGUCUCGGACUACGAUAACCCACGAGGUUGGUCAAAAGCAAUUCAAAUCCCCCGAGUGACACAGAUCGCAGUGCUUGAGCAGUUCAGUCUGAUGCUGCUCAUCUCUGACAAAUCUCUAAUCGCAUAUCACCUCGACGCCGUCUGUCCUGUUAGCGGUGUUCCUCCUUCCAAUGACUCGACCCGUCGCGCACCCCAGAAACUCUCCGGCGCACGCGACAUUGGAUUCUUCGCCACAGGCACCAUGAAAGAUCGCACUUUGGUCUUCUACAAGAAGCGCGAAGGUCUUUCUUCCACUUUCAAAGUCCUCGAACCCGUGUAUCAAAAGUCCACAGAAAAGAAAUCUCGCAUCUGGAAAACUGGCCGUACAGAGUUCUUCCGCGAAUACGACGAAUUCUACAUCCCCGCUGACUGCUACACGAUCAACCUUUUCCAUUCGUCCCUCGCUAUUUCCACGGCCAAGGGCUUUGAGGUUAUGACUCUAGACAAGAAGCAGCCUUGGAGUGUCCCAGAUCUCAAACAACAACACGUAGCCACUAUCGCCUCGCGCCUUACCAACCAGGAUCCCUUGGGAAUGUUCCGUCUGUCCGACCAGGAAUUCCUCCUCUGUUACGAAGAGUGUGCAGUUUACAUCAAUAAGAACGGCGACAUCUCACGCUCAGUUAUCAUGGAGUUUGUUGGAAAGGCUAAAAGUGCAGCCAUGUACGGGCCUUAUGUGUUGUUGUUCGACCCUGAUUUUGUGGAGAUCAGGAACGCCCAGAAUGGUCGAUUGAGACAGGUCAUCGCUGGAAGAGAUGUUAAAUGCCUGGACGACGGGCUCUCUGGGACCUCAGGGCACCACAGAACGAUCAAAAUGAGUUUGCAGCAUCCACAGGUGGAGAGGUGCCAGGUCGUGGUCGAAUUGGUGCUGAAUGAGGGACAGAAAGAGUGA